AUGGUGCUGCUCAUCGUGGCCAUCACCCUGGGCAACGUGCUGAGCCUGCUGGUCUUCCUGCGCGCCCCGCAGUUCCGGACCUCCCAGGGCUACCUGAAGACCUCCCUCGCCCUGGCCGACCUCACCGUGGGGCUGGUGGUGGUGCCCUACUCCGUGUACAGGGAGGCCAGCGGCCUGGCUGCCAGCCAGGGGCCUGUGGGCGCCUCGGGCUUGGGCCAGUCUCUGCCCUGCUUCAUCACCGGGCCCAUCUUUGCUGGCUGCACCUUCGUGUCCAUCAGCACCAUCUUCCUGCUGUCGGUGGAGCGCAGCGUGGCAGUGCUGAAGCCCCUGCACAAGAAGGCGGUGGUCACCAAGCGCCGCACUGUCUGGCUCAUCUUGCUCUCAUGGUCCAUGAGUUUCUCGCUGGCCGUGGUCCCCCUCUUCUCCAGUCCGGACAUCACCCUGCGCUACAGUCCCUGCAGCAAGAUGUGCAACUAUGCCUUCCCUGAGGCCAGGCUGCCCGGCUCCAGCUGGAACGUCAUGCUGCUCUUCCCAGCCUUCGACUUCUCCCUUCUCGGGGGCACAUUCGCCAUCAACUUCAUCACCUUUGCCGCCAUUCGCCACUACUGUAAGGCCCGGAGGCAGCUGGGCAGCGAGGUGCAGGGGGGCAACCGGCUCUCCUUCUCAGAUAUCACCGCUGCCAAGACCAUCGGCAUCUUGACCUUUGCCUUCUCGGCCUCCUUCAGCCCCAUCGCUGUCUUUGUGGUGGGCUCCGUCCUGGGCUACCAGUGGUGCCAGUUCUCCUUCUAUGCCUUCUGGAUUUUGACCUCCAACAGCUGCUGGAACGUGGCCAUCUACAGUGCCUGGGACCCCAAAUUUAGGCAGGGGGUCAAGGACCUCUUCAGUAAGCGGAUGCUGAAAGCUGCCUCCCAGCGUGCCAGCAGCGCUGCAGAGGGGGAUUUCUCUUCUCCUGCCUGCGUGGCUGUCCUCAAGGAGAUGUUUCGGCCGGAGAAUGCUUGA